GAGAGAGAGAGAGAGAGAGAGAGAGAGAGAGAGAGAGAGAGAGAGAGAGAGAGAGAGAACUGGUGAGCGUACUACCAGAAAAAAGGAGAGAAGGCGUUUGUCACCAUUAUUGUUUGUUUUGUUUGAAAGAAAUGGAUGGAGCAAGCAGCGUAAGGCAAAGGCAAGCACUGGCGUUGUCCGCCCACCACGGACCCUCUCCUCUGCCCCUGCCGUCUAUGGGCCUCCAGGUGCCCGCAGCCUCCCUCCUGCGCCACCCGCCUCCCCUCUUCCUUCGGGCGGCCGUGGCAGCCUGCAACAAUCCCUCUCUGGAGCGCGGCUACCCACGCACUCCCAAGUGCGCACGGUGCAGGAACCACGGCGUGGUGUCGGCGCUGAAAGGGCACAAACGCUUCUGCCGCUGGCGGGACUGCGUGUGCGCCAAGUGCACCCUCAUCGCGGAGCGUCAGCGCGUCAUGGCCGCGCAGGUGGCUCUCCGCAGGCAACAGGCGCAGGAGGAGAGCGAGGCGCGGGAGAUGCAGUUUAUGUACGGGACCGGGACCGGGACCUCUCCUCCCGUGGCAAACGAGGCAGCAGCAGUCGGAUCCGGACACGGUGGUGGAGCGCCAGCAAGUUCCCAUCAGACACCGAGACCCACGUUUGAUAUGUUCGGAAAUGGCGGCGAUAAAGAUGAGGACAAGCUGGCCAUGAAGUACAACCUUUACAACGGAUUCAUGGCGCGGUCCCUGUUCGCCCCGACCAACUCUCCUCCACUGCCCUCCCCAACCGAGAGGGACGACGUCUUUGCGCGCCAGGAGAAGUCGCAGACGCACCCUGCAGAUAUGGACACAACCAGGGCCAGUUCAUCAUCCCCACUGGGGUUAGACCACAGGUCUGACCGCUCAGGCAGCAGCCCCAGGUCUCUGUCAUCCUCCUCCGAUUUGGAGUCGGGCAGCGAGUCCGAGAUGAAACCCAACCACGGCGAGUCCUACUGCGUAAACGGCGCCUUCGACCUGAGCGAAUCGAGAGGCAAAAACCCAAGAGACCCGACCAACGUCAUGAUGAAAAUCUUCCCGCACUUACAGCGCGACACUCUGGACUCGGUGCUGAAAGCCUGCGCCGGGGACAUUGUCCGAGCCAUCGAGAUGCUCCUGACCUCAAAGGACUCAAGCAACAAGUGUUCUCCCGACAGGAGUGGACCGAAUUCGGCCAGAGCAGAAGACUCCCCCGGGCAGAGGCAGUUCGCUAUCCGGCCUCCUGGCGCGGCAACAGCCCUUGGGCUAUUCAACUCCAAAUCCGCCUUUUCACCUCUCCAAAACACAACGAGUGCGCUUACAGGCGAUGGUGUAUACGGACUGAGCUCUCGCUUGGGAAUCUCCCCGUUUCGGCUGGCCUACUCGGCAUCUCCGGGAGCAGCAGGACUACCGAAUUUCAUGGCACCGUACGUGACCUCUGGGUUGCUUCCCGCGCUCCCGUUCCGAUCCCCGGUGGACUAUCCGUUCCCGGGGGUCAUCCGAGACCUGUCCUGCUUCCAGACCAAAGAGCCGUUCAGUGGCAGCAUUUACUCUCGACUGAGCAAUGAAAAAUAAUGUGUGUUUAAAAAUCUGGUUUAACGUUAAAUAUAGCAAAUGUAUAUUUUUGUACAAUUAUUUUCGCCCAUCUAGGCCUAUAUAUUUUUGUAAGUGUGCAUUUUUGGGUGUAAACCUUUUUUGUCGUGCGUAAAGAUUCUCAGGUGCCUCUAUGCAAUAUGUCUGUACCAUCUUUUACUUAUAU